CGGAUUCCCCCGAGGAAACCCCUGAGCGCGGCUGGCUCGCUCGCUCGCUGCGUGCGGGGAAAGUUUUGCUGCGAGCGGAGGCGUUAGGAGGAGGGGGAGAGAGCGGAGCUCCCUCAGCCCCGGGCGCGCAGCCACCGCCGGAGGAGGAGACCCGGGAGCAGCCGCCGGCUCCCAGCCAGACCCCGGGGCACUUUCUCCGCCACGCACGUGGGGUGGGAGCCGCUGCCAGCCGCCGGGGAGCCCGGAGCCCCUUAGCCCCCGCGCCGCCGCCGCCGCCUGGUGCCCGGGCAGCAGCUCCGCAUGGUCUGCAGAGCCGCGGGGCGCGGACCCGGGGAGAGGAGCUGAGCGCCGCCGGAGGGACGAGGGAAGAGCCGCGCCGAGCCCCCGGGAUUAGUUCCCAGCCCGGGAUGGGGGACUGGAGCCGCCGGCCCCGGGCAGCAGCCGCUGUCCUGGUGCUGCUCCUCGCCGGCUUCUGCCUCAGCGCCGCGGCGGAGGAGAAGAAAGUUUGCCAAGGAACAAAUAACAGGCUGACCCAGCUGGGGAACAUGGAGGACCAUUUCAUCAGCCUGCAAAGGAUGUAUAACAAUUGUGAGGUGGUGCUUGGCAAUCUGGAGAUCACAUAUGUGACACGCAAUCAUGAUCUUUCAUUCCUGAAGACCAUACAGGAGGUUGCAGGCUACGUGUUAAUAGCACUCAACAACGUGGAUAGCAUUCCACUGGACAAUCUCCAGAUCAUCCGAGGAAACGUGCUUUAUGAGAACUUUUACGCACUGGCAAUUUUAUCCAAUUAUCACACAAAUAUAAAUAAAAUCGGUGGACUCAGGAAUCUGCCAAUGAAACGGUUAUCAGAAAUUCUUAAUGGAGGAGUUAAAAUUAGCAACAAUCCACAACUGUGCAACAUGGACACAGUUCUGUGGGACGACAUUAUUGAUUUGAACAAAAAACCUGUAAUACACUUGGAAUAUCAGAAUAAUCUGGCUAAUUGUUCCAAGUGUCAUGCAAAUUGUACAGAAGACCACUGUUGGGGCGCCGGCAUAGAGAACUGCCAGACAUUAACAAAAGUCAUCUGUGCCCAGCAGUGUUCAGGCCGAUGCAGAGGAAGGGUGCCCAGUGACUGUUGUCAUAACCAGUGUGCCGCUGGGUGUACAGGGCCUCGCGAGAGUGACUGCCUGGCAUGCCGCAAGUUUCGCGAUGAAGCAAUGUGCAAGGAUACUUGUCCACCGUUAGUGCUGUACAACCCGACCACCUAUCAGAUGGAUGUCAACCCAGAUGGAAAAUACAGCUUUGGAGCCACUUGCGUGAAAGAAUGUCCACAUAACUAUGUGGUGACAGACCACGGCUCGUGUGUUCGCUCCUGUAAUAUCGAUACCUAUGAAGUGGAAGAAAAUGGUGUUCGGAAAUGUAAAAAAUGUGACGGGCCGUGUAGCAAAGUCUGCAAUGGGAUUGGAAUAGGUGAACUGAAAGGGAUUCUCUCCAUAAAUGCUACAAAUAUUGACUCUUUCAAAAAUUGUACCAAGAUCAAUGGGGAUGUCAGCAUUCUGCCAGUAGCAUUUCUAGGUGAUGCCUUCACCAACACGAAACCACUGGACCCAAAGAAACUGGAUAUCUUCAAAACAGUAAAAGAAAUAUCAGGAUUUUUGUUGAUUCAAGACUGGCCUGCAAAUGCCACAGAUCUCUCUGCUUUUGAAAAUCUGGAGAUUAUACGAGGCAGAACAAAGCAACAUGGUCAGUAUUCUCUUGCCAUUGUUAACCUAAAGAUACACUCUCUGGGAUUGCGCUCCCUCAAGGAAAUAAGUGAUGGUGAUGUUGCCAUUAUGAAAAACAAAAACCUCUGCUAUGCUGAGACAAUGAACUGGAAUAAACUCUUUGUGACAGAAACUCAGAAUUCAAAAAUCGUAUCCAACAGAAAUCAAGAUGAAUGCACUGCUGCGAAACAUGUUUGUGACCCCUUAUGCUCAGAAGUAGGCUGCUGGGGUCCAGGGCCCUUCCAUUGCUUUUCCUGUCGUCAUUUCAGUCGCCAAAGGGAAUGUGUGAAAAAAUGCAAUGUUAUGCAAGGGGAGCCAAGAGAAUUUGAAAGAGAAUCUGAAUGUCUUCAGUGUCACCCAGAAUGCCUGGUGCAAAAUUCAACUGCGUACAAUGCAACCUGCACAGGACCUGGUCCGGACAACUGCAUGAAGUGUGCCCACUAUAUAGAUGGCCCUCACUGUGUUAAAUCCUGCCCUGCUGGAGUUCUGGGUGAAAAUGAUACCUUAGUCUGGAAAUACGCAGAUGAAAAUUCAGUGUGUCAGCUCUGUCAUCUGAAUUGUACCCGUGGGUGCAAAGGACCAGGUCUUGAAGGCUGCCCAUUGGGCUCCAAAAUCCCAUCCAUUGCAGCUGGUGUUGUUGGAAGUAUCCUUUGUUUGGUUGUGAUAGCCUUGGUCAUAGGGCUUUACAUGCGCAGACGUCACAUAGUUAGAAAGCGUACAUUGCGCAGGCUGCUUCAGGAAAGGGAGCUUGUUGAACCUCUAACACCAAGUGGCGAGGCGCCAAACCAAGCUCUUCUGAGGAUUCUAAAGGAAACAGAAUUUAAAAAGGUCAAAGUUCUAGGCUCUGGAGCUUUUGGUACUGUUUAUAAGGGGCUCUGGAUUCCGGAAGGAGAGAAGGUUAAAAUUCCUGUUGCUAUUAAGGAAUUGAGAGAGGCGACCUCCCCAAAAGCCAACAAGGAAAUACUUGAUGAAGCGUAUGUGAUGGCUAGUGUUGACAAUCCCCAUGUGUGCCGCUUGCUGGGAAUCUGCCUUACUUCUACCGUCCAGCUUAUCACACAGCUUAUGCCUUAUGGCUGCCUCCUUGACUACAUCCGAGAGCACAAGGACAACAUUGGCUCCCAGUACCUUCUCAACUGGUGUGUGCAGAUUGCAAAGGGAAUGAGCUACUUGGAAGAACGUCGCUUGGUGCACCGUGAUCUGGCUGCCAGGAAUGUCCUUGUGAAGACUCCUCAACAUGUGAAGAUCACUGACUUUGGACUGGCAAAACUGCUUGGUGCUGAGGAAAAAGAGUACCAUGCAGAAGGAGGCAAAGUUCCUAUCAAAUGGAUGGCUUUGGAGUCCAUUUUACACAGAAUCUACACCCAUCAAAGUGAUGUCUGGAGUUAUGGUGUCACUGUUUGGGAAUUAAUGACAUUUGGAUCAAAACCGUAUGAUGGCAUCCCAGCCAGUGAAAUUUCAUCUGUCUUGGAGAAGGGCGAGCGUUUGCCUCAGCCUCCUAUCUGUACUAUUGAUGUCUACAUGAUCAUGGUCAAAUGCUGGAUGAUAGAUGCAGACAGUCGCCCCAAGUUUCGUGAGCUGAUAUCAGAAUUCUCCAAAAUGGCUCGAGACCCUCAGCGCUAUCUUGUUAUACAGGGAGAUGAAAGAAUGCACUUGCCAAGCCCUACGGACUCCAAGUUUUAUCGGACCUUGAUGGAAGAGGAGGACAUGGAGGACAUUGUUGAUGCAGAUGAGUACCUCAUUCCACACCAGGGAUUUUUCAACAGCCCCUCCACAUCCCGGACUCCCCUCUUGAGUUCAUUGAGUGCUACCAGCAACAAUUCAGCCACAACCUGCAUUGAUAGAAAUGGGGGAUGCCCCGUGAAGGAUGACAGCUUUGUCCAGCGCUACAGUUCAGAUCCAACUGGCAUCUUCUUGGAAGACAGCAUAGAUGAUGGCUUCCUGCCUGCUCCAGAAUAUGUCAAUCAGUCAAUCCCCAAAAAACCAUCGGUAUUUGUAGUACAGAAUCAACUCUACAACAACAUCUCCUUCCCAGUAAACCCAAAGCCCUCUACAGCUUCAAGCUAUCAGAAUUCCCACAGUACAGCAGUUGACAACCCAGAGUAUCUCAACACAAACCAGUCUCCUUUUGUCAAAACGGUUUUUGAGAGCUCCCCCUACUGGGACCAAACAGCCAAUCACCAAAUGAAUCUGGACAAUCCUGACUACCAACAGGACUACUUUCCUAAGGAAACUAAGCCUAAUGGCAUCUUUAAAGUUCCUGCAGCAGAAAAUUCUGAAUACUUAAGGGUAGCAGCACCAAAAAAUGAAUACAUUGAAGCCUCAGCAUGACCACAGAAAAACUCUCUCUUCUUGCAGUAAUACAAACUAAAAUCCAGAUGAACAACCUGGCUGCUGCAGGAUCAAGCUAUGAACUGACAGAAGAGUAAUUACAAUCACCUGACAGACACGCUUUUCCUUUCAAGCCGGUGGGCUGAAUUCUCCAAGCUCAUUUUACUAUAUAUUUUGGGCUUUUCCUUGUCCAUCCACAUACAUAACGUAGGCACAUACCGUACACAUGCAUGCAUGUUGGACUAGAGCAAGAACUUCCUGCAGAUAAGAAAUUGCAGAUGCAUUCCUUUUUGUUUUCAAAUGGUAGCAUUAUAAAAAGCCAUUUUGGGAUUAACUGUAAGAAUUCCUUUCUACAAUGCACAUUUUUAUAAACAUUUCUAAUGGAAUUUUUGGAUCUUUUACAAGAUGAGACGCUUGCUUGUUGUACUGUUAUGUGACUCUCGGACCACAAGGGGGAAAAAAAAGCAAUACAUUAUUAAAUCCCCUGAGAAGAGGGGUUUUUUUUUUUUUCUUUCAAACUCUUGAAAGUUGAAUAGCUGUUCCAAAUUAUUGGAUCUUAAAUAUUGACUUCAUUUACUGUACUGGUACAAACAGAGGGGAAAAUGAGUCGGAGAGAAGUGUGGAGAUUCUGCUUCAUGAAGUAGUUUUUAAAAUGGAACAGGUUGGUGAAAUUUUAUAACCCACAGUGUAUUUAGCACAAGGACUGGAUGGCAGCACACAUUACUUUACUGACCACUACUGUUGGAGACCAGCAGGAAGAACUCAGCACACAGAAGAGUUGUUUGUAAAUGUUUAUAAAAUACUCACAAGUCUGUUUUCUGUAUGUUGAAUGCAAGCCUUUCUUUUUUCUAUUCCAUUGGGUAGCUCUAGAUUUGUCAAAUUACAUUUUUAACAAAAAUUUUAAAGAUGUUGCUAUGACUGAAAAAUGAAGUGUCAGUUCCCUUUGUCUCAAUUUCAUUUGGACAGAAUUUCCAUAAAGAGCAAGGAAAUGCAAAAGGUGUUAAUUGGGUUAUUUGUGAGAGAGCUGGUGAUCAGAAGGCAGCUGCACUAAAUUAAACGUGGCUAAGACAAAAAUGCAAAAAAAUGCAACCUAAGGAAAUGAGAUUUUGUUGUUUUUUUUUAAAUAGCUCAGUCAAAAAACGUUUUUCCUGUAUAAAAAUUGCAAAGAAAAGGGGGGAAAAUACAACGGUAUACUCUGUUAAACUUGUGGCAGAAUAUUGCCAAUUGCUGUAUCAUUGUGCGGGAAUCUGUCGUCUCUUACACGACUACAGCUGCUGUAUUAGGGUGGUCUUCUUUUAUGCGAGGUAUAAAGAAAAUACAGAGAUAAUUAAUCAAAGAGGAAAAAGAAUAGUCUGAGGUGUUUGAAUGCAGUUGCUUAGUUUACUCUUCUGAAAUCAGGGGCUGGGAAUGCCACAGGCUUCUUUGAAGUCCAAGCCUGGUUGUCUAAUUGUCACAGUGGAAUAGUCCAAAUCAAUAUUUGGUUUAAUAAUAAAUAUACAAUAUAUCUAUUGUACAUAAAACCAUUGUAGCACAAAAAGUUACAGAGAUUGGUUCUCUUUAAGUUGUGUGUAGUUUUUAAAACUCCUGCAGUUCUUUUAAUACCUUUUGUUAACAUUUUUGCUGUCUUCUUUGAAAGGAGUAGGAAAAACAUGGUUAAAGCAUUUAUACAAAGAGUAAUAGUAAUAUGGAGGCAUCCCUCCACUGCCUUGCUGGAAGGAAUAUUUUAGCCAAAUAGUUGGAUCUGAAGCCAGAUUUGAAUCAAGCGAUUUGCAUGCUAAGAGCCAUAAUUAAUAGUUAAUCAUUGGAAAAUUACUUGAUGACAUAAAAACUCAAGUACAGAAAAUAUGUAACAUUUAUACUUCAGACAUCAAUGCAACCUAUAGCUUCAGGGAAUGGUCAAAUUUCACUCCUCCUCUGCUAUGUUUGGAAUACCGCAACGUAAAUUCCAGUUGAAAUAUUGCAUUUGAGUCCAGGAUCAGGCCCAAAACCCUUAAAAUGUUGCCGUGGCAGGUUUGUUGGGGGCUGGGGGGGGGUGAAGACUGGCAGUGUAAAAUCUCUCAUGUUAGAUCAAUGCAAUGCAGGCUGUCAUUGAAAACCAGUACACAUAUAAUAACGCGUCUCUAACAGUACAGAGUCUGGAGCUGGAGCGCAAAUGUGAUCAAUGUAUUGUCAUCCUCUUUGGGCACAUCUCACUCACAAUGAUUGGAGCCCAGCCACAGCCUUACGGAGAAUAUGUAACAACUUGUAUUAUUUCCUUGUAACUAAAACAUUGAAAAAAAUUCUGCUCUCAAGUACAGUUUUCCUCCGAUCUAUACUUGUGUACCUGAGAGCAAAAGUUUGUCCCAAUACCAUGUUCAAAAUGCGCCAGAUACACACAUGCUCACAUAGACACACACAGUCAUUUUAACAAUCUUUUUUUUUUCCCCAUUAACAAACUCACAAAGGGAUUGUAUGUUUGUCAAAUGACUUUCCAACAGAAGUUAUGGAUCAUUUACUAAGUCUACUACUCAAAGCAAUACAGUACUACAUCUUCUCCUACAGUAUUUCCAAUGCUAUUCCCAAAAUGUUUCAGUGACAUUUUUAGCUUUAAAAAUGGUUAUUAAAAUAAAAAAAAGUAGCACUAUAAGUUACCAGCAUUAUGUAGCAUGGAAACUAUUUAAUACAGAUUAACCUCUCUACAUUUUUUAAAUGGUUUCUGGAGGAUUUUGUAACAUGACCACCAUGAAAGCCAAUGAGAGUCACAGAGCUAUAUCCUUUAAGAGUGUUUAAGAAAUCUAAGGUUGAGUUCUCUUUUUUAUUUAUUGUUUAAUGGAAAACAGAGAGAGAAUAUGGGAGCCAGCUUCUGAUGCAAGACUCUCUGUAAUUUAUGAACUAUCCUAAUUUAUGUAGUA